AUGAGGUAUUGGAUCGGUGUGAUAGCAGUCUUUGCAAAUCUCGCCGAAUCCUUGACUUCUCCAAUCAUUGUUAAAGGCCCUAGCUGCCAGGAAACAAAUGACGGUGCUGUGCUGGUCACAGCCGACUGUGUUGAUAGCACAUUUAACACAGUCAUUAUUGACGCCCAAAAGGAUAUCAGUACGCCUAUCCCGCAUCGUAGGAUCUCAGGGCACUUCAACGGAAGUAAAAUCGACUUCAACAUCUACCUUCCUGAGUCGGAAUGGAAAGGGCGAUUCUUCCAGCUGGUCUAUCCGUUGCAAAACUCGACGGCAGAAGACGCCGAGAUUGUAUUCGGUGCGGAAAGCGGUGGAUACACUAACCGCGUGGCUGGUGGCGGUGGUUAUCGUGCUGAUGCUGCCGUUGCUAAGCUCUCGAGAACCAUUGCUAUGAAAUAUUAUGAAAAACCCAAGAGUAACAUUUAUGGUUAUAUCUACGGUGCUAGUGGUGGCUCGUUUGUUACCGCUGGAGCUAUCGAGAAUACUCUCAACGUUUGGCAGGGUGGAAUUCCUAUAGUCCAGGCUGUCCCCAUCUCCGAUCCUAACAACUUCUGCCUCCGUGCUUUAGCCGGACUCACCCUUAGAUCGCAAAAAGAUGCGAUAGUCAACUCGGUUCGUCCUGGUACCGAUACUAGUCCUUUCGUUCGACUAGACGCCGUUGGUCGCCAAGCGUUACGAGAAGUCACCGAGCUUGGCAUUCCACUCGACGCAUUCGAGGACUUCGAAGGCAUUGCUGGCAACAGGACAGACUUUUUACAAACUUUCCGAACCAUGGUCAUUCCAACUAUCGAGUCCUUCGAUCCUUCGUAUUUUGAUGACUUCUGGACUAAGAAGGGAUACCUAGGGACCGAAAAGUCUAAGCUUGGUGACUUCUUCCGCAAAUUGUUGUACGAAUACAAUGCGACUAUCCAGGCCGUCAAGGUUGGUGAUGGGGGGGUUCCUGUAGCUAUAAAACUUAAUGGGGUCCCACCAACGCCACCAGAAUUUGGCAUCCAGCUUAUCGUCAAGUCGAAGGACGGCAAAUCAAGUCUCGGAACCUUUACGGCACAGCUCGAUAGUCGUCUCAAGACAGCCGUCAUUGACUUGGAACAGAACUCAACUGUCUUGGCAUUGUUAACUCAAGGCACUCAAGUUAAUGUCAACAAUCGGGCGUGGCUGGCCGCUGCUACAUACCAUAGACAUCAAGUGCCCACUCGAGACGGAUUUUAUGCAUAUGACUAUCUUCGAGAUACUGAUGGGCAACCCAAAUAUCCCCAGCGCGAGGUACUUAUUGGAGACACGAUCUCUUUCGGAGCGAGUGGUGGCUGCUCCUUCAACGGGAAUAUCACCACUAAGGUCAUAGUCAUGGAUGCACUACAAGACUUUGAUGCGUUACCGUGGCAGGCUACUUGGUAUAGGGCCCAGGUUCAAAAGGCGCUCGGCCCUCGUUUCAACGACAACUAUAGACUACAUUAUGUCGCAAACGCGGAUCAUUUCAUCGACCCAGUACCUCAAGACCAGCUCACUCGCAUCGUGGCAUACAACUCCGCAUACCAGCAGCAUCUCAGAGAUCUCAGUGUUUGGGUCGAAAAGGGUCAGCAGCCGCCAGAUGGAACAUCUUUCACCGUUGAUAACGGCCAAGUCAAGGUCCCCGCCAGUGCCGCGCAACGUAAGAGCAUACAACCCGUUGUUGACCUGAGGGUUAAUGGCAAAGAGCGAGUGACUACAAAGGCGGGGCGUCGCCUACCUUUCAGCGCACACAUUGAGGUUCCCCCAAAAACUGGGUUUGUCACCUCUGUCGAAUGGGAUUUUGAUGGAACGGGUAAGUAUAUUAAGGGCAGCUUAGGGACACUACAGACUGUUGUGGAUGUGAAAGCUUCCCAUACUUAUUGGAAAGAGGGAACCUAUUAUCCAUCGGUCCGCGUUACUUCCCAUCGUGAUGGAAGCACAAAGGAUAAAUUUGCUCAGGUUGCGAAUCUUGGUCGUAUGAGGGUUAUCGUCAACUAA